GAGAGAGAGGAGCUGAGCGGAACGGUCCCGCCUCCGGGUCCCCGCCCUUCCCACAUCCGAGCCAGCGGCCGCUCAGACUAGCCGCGCCGGCACCGAAGGGGACGAGGGAAAGCAGCCUAGCCGCCCGUGUGGGGGGCAGCGACGACCCCGCCCCACCCCUUCGGCCAGCUCCGCUCGAGCGGUGGUGGUGCCGAGGCAGCCCGGGCUCGCCUCCCUUUUAGCUCGCCAACUCGGUUUCUCGGCCGGCCGGCAGGAGCCAAGCGGCGCCAUGGGCUGCACGGUGAGCGCCGAAGACAAAGCGGCCGCCGAGCGUUCCAAGAUGAUCGAUAAGAACCUGCGGGAGGACGGCGAGAAGGCGGCGCGGGAGGUGAAGCUGCUCCUCCUCGGUGCAGGAGAAUCUGGGAAGAGCACAAUUGUAAAACAGAUGAAGAUUAUCCAUGAAGAUGGAUAUUCAGAAGACGAAUGCCGACAAUACAAAGCAGUGGUUUACAGCAACACCAUCCAAUCCAUCAUGGCUAUAAUCAAAGCCAUGGGCAACCUGCAGAUUGACUUUGGGGAUCCUUCUAGAGCAGAUGAUGCUCGUCAGUUGUUUGCACUCUCUUGCACUGCAGAGGAGCAGGGAAUCAUGCCAGAGGACUUAUCCAAUGUGAUUCGGAGGCUGUGGUCAGACAAUGGAGUCCAGGCCUGCUUUAAUCGUGCCCGGGAGUAUCAGCUGAAUGACUCUGCAGCUUACUACCUGAAUGACUUGGAGAGGAUAGGCAGAAUGGAUUAUAUUCCAACCCAGCAAGAUGUGCUGAGAACCAGAGUGAAGACUACAGGCAUUGUAGAGACUCAUUUUACCUUCAAGGACUUGCAUUUCAAGAUGUUUGAUGUGGGGGGCCAGAGGUCUGAGAGAAAAAAAUGGAUCCAUUGCUUUGAAGGAGUUACAGCCAUUAUCUUCUGUGUCGCUCUUAGUGCCUAUGACUUAGUUCUGGCUGAAGAUGAAGAAAUGAAUCGGAUGCAUGAAAGUAUGAAGCUGUUUGAUAGUAUCUGUAACAAUAAGUGGUUCACAGAUACUUCCAUCAUUCUUUUCCUCAACAAGAAGGAUCUUUUUGAAGAGAAGAUCAUCCAUAGUCCUUUGACUAUCUGCUUCCCAGAGUAUACAGGGGCCAACAAAUAUGAUGAAGCUGCAGGCUAUAUUCAGAGCAAGUUUGAGGAGUUGAACAAGAGAAGGGACACCAAGGAGAUCUACCCCCACUUCACUUGUGCCACUGAUACCAAGAAUGUGCAGUUUGUCUUUGAUGCUGUCACCGAUGUCAUCAUCAAAAACAACCUGAAGGACUGUGGGCUCUUUUAGCUCUUCAGAUGGCAUCUACUGAGGAAGAUAGAAAGGAUACUUGAACUGCUCCAUAUGAGGAAGAGGCUGGUGUUGAUGAAGGGAGGACUGCAUCAUUUAACAACUUUUGCUUCUUAAGUUUUGUUCCAUUCCUUUAAAUAUUCCUAAUGAUGAGACUUUGGCAAUUCUUCCUGUCCAAAGGACAGGACCCAUUGUUUCCCCUGCUCUGUGCUGUCUAGGUGCCUCCUGCAGGCUGUUUGUCUUCUCCCUAUGCCCACAAAGCCUUACUAAAGUACCAAUGAUUGGUUUACUUGCCAUAGUUGUAACAUUUCCAUAUAUGCCCCUUUCUUCUCUUUCUUUAAAUGAAAACCAGAUGGUAGCAAGUGAGAGGGCUUUGGAUAUGUUUGCCAUGAUCUUUACCUUCUUUUUUAAGAGACAAGGUGGGUUUUCGGGGCGUUUCCCCCCCUUUUUGCUUUAUUUUUGUCCAAGCAACUUUCUGUCUGGCCCUGCCAAAAAAGCAUUCUACAGUCCAUUUGGUUUUUUUUCAACCUUCCAUCAAGUGGAGCUCUUGCCAUGGAGCAAGUUUUUUAGCUCCUACCUCUGUAAUUUGCACAGACCAGCAAAAAAACAAAAAC